ACAAGUGGUGGGGAUUGAGAGGACGGCAUGAGACUACUUUCGCCAAUGCUUCUACGCCAAUAAAAAAUACUUCAAAAAUUUCCCCAUUUUCUGAAGUUUGUAAUUUUGCAGAAAUUUGAGAAGAAAAAGAAGCUGAAGCAUUUGAAUUCAAUUCAAGUUUGUAAAAUUCGAGGAUGAUUUAUAGGUCAAAUCAUCUGCUAUUAGAGAGUCCACUGUAAAGUGUUAAAGACGAGUAUGUGCCCGGGCUCGGAGUCGGUUUCGGACUCAAAGUCGGAUCCGAACUCAAACGGGUGGAGCCGAGCUCGUGGAGCGGUUCUCAAGUCGCUGGUGCUUAUCGGAGGCGCUUUAUUGGUACGGCGGCUCACUAAGUCGACCACACGUUGGGACCAUGCUCGAAUUGUCGCACAGUCACUUAGCGGUGAAAAGUUUUCCAAGGAGCAAGCUGUUAGGGAUCCUGAUAAUUAUUUUAAUUUCAGAUGGCUUUCCUGUCCUGCUGCCGACAUGGUAGAUGGCUCUAAAGUUUUAUAUUUUGAACAGGCAUUUUGGCGGACACCCCAUAAACCCUUCCGACAGAGGUUUUUCAUGGUCAAGCCUUGUGCAAAGGAGCUGAAAUGUGAUGUUGAGGUAAGCACAUAUGCCAUCAGAGAUGCAGAGGAGUACAAGAACUUCUGCGAUCGCCCUAGGGACCAACGUCCGGAACCUGAAGAAGUUAUUGGGGAUAUUGCUGAACAUUUGACUACCAUUCAUCUAAAGCGCUGUGAACGUGGGAAACGAUGCUUAUAUGAAGGUUCAACACCUGCAGAUGGAUUUCCUAAUUCAUGGCAGAAUGGUGCAACGCGCUGUACCUCCGAACUAGCUGUGUUAAAGAACAAUGAGAUACAUGCCUGGGAUAGAGGCUAUGAUGUUGAUGGCAAUCAAGUUUGGGGUGUAAAAGGAGGUCCUUAUGAAUUCAAGCCCGCUCCUGCUUCAAGUUUCGACGAUGCAUUUAAUCCUUUGAGUUUUGCUUCACAACCUCUGGGGAAAAGAAUAGAGGGUUCGUUUGUCCUCCAGGAGUGAUUUCUUGUUUUAUAUUCACAUGUCCAUACAUAACAAUGUAAAUCAUUGAACUCAAUUAUCAUUAUGUUUAGAAUCUACUAUUACUUUAUUGGUUUGCUCAUGAGAAUUUUCUA